AUGGACUUCGGCCUCUCCCUCCACGCCUCCACCGCCACGGACAUCGUCGCCUACUCGGAUGCCGAUUGGGCAGGUUGCCCCGACACGCGUCGCUCCACGUCUGGCUACUGCGUCUACUUCGGACCUUCGCUCAUCUCCUGGUCGUCUAAGCGACAACCCACGGUCUCUCGCUCCAGCGCCGAAGCGGAGUACCGGGCUGUUGCUAACGCGGUUGCCGAGGUCUCUUGGCUGCGGCAACUCCUCGUUGAGCUCUCAUGUCCUGUUGCCAAAGCCACCGUGGUCUAUUGCGACAAUGUCUCCGCCGUCUACCUCUCCGCCAACACGGUCCACCAUCGCUGCACCAAGCAUAUUGAGCUGGACAUUCACUUUGUUCGGGAAUAG